UAUAUCCAACAAAGAAUUUGUAUCUAGACUGCAGAAAGAACUCUCAAAACUUAACAGUUAAGAAAUAAAUCCAGUUAGAAAAUGAGCAAAAGACAUGAACAGACAUUUUACCGAAGUAUAGAUGGCAAAUAAGCAAAUGAAAAGAUGUUUAAUGUCAUUAGUCAUUAGGGAAAUGCAAAUUAAAAUCAUGAAUUACCACUAUGUACCUAUCAGAGUACCUAAAGUAUAAAUAAUAGCAGUAACACCAAUGCUGACAAGGAUGUGGAGAAACUGGAUUGCUGGGAAUGUAAAAUAGUAUAGCCACUCUGGAAAAUAGUUUGGCAGUUUCUUAUAAAAUCAAGCAUGUACAUAUCUUAUGCCUCAGUAAUUAUAUUCCUGAGCAUUUAUCACAGAGAAAUGAAGGCUUAAGGUCACACAAAAACUGUACAUGGAUGUUCAUAGCAGCUUCAUUUGUAAUAGUCAAAAUUUGUAGGCAACCCAAAUAUCUUUCACUAGGUGGUUUUAAACACACUGGUAUAUCUAUACCAUGGAAUACUUAUUACUCUGCAAUAAAAUGUAAUGACUUGUUGAUAGCCAUAACUCCUUGAAUAAAUUUCAAGGGAAUUAAUGCUGAGUGAAAAUACCAGUCUCAAAAGGUCAUAUACUUUAUGAGUCCAUUUAUACAACAUUCUCAAAAUGACAAAACUGUAGAAGUGAAAACUGGGAUUAGUGGUUGCCAGAGGUUAGGGAUGGUGGGAGGGAGAAGGGGGAGAGGGUUGGAUGUAACUAUAUUAAAGAGGUAGCACCAGGGAAGUCUUUGUGGUGAUGGAACACUUGUGUAUUUUGAUUGUGGUGGUGGUUAUGCAUAUCUACACGUUUUAAAAAUAACAUAAAAGUAUACACACACACUACCAAUGUUGAUAUCCUGGUAUUGAUAAGUAUAAUUAUGUCAGAUGUAACCAUUGGGGGAAACGGGUGAAAGCUACUAUCUUUGCAACUUCCUGUGAAUCUAUCAUUUCAAAAUAAAAGGAAAAAAAGCCCAAAACUAAAGAGCCAUAACCAAAUACAGUGUGUGAAACUGAUUUGGGAAGAAAAAUAAUGAAAAUAUAUGUUAGGACAAUAGAAGAAAUCUGAAUAUGACUGGAUAUUAGAUGGUAGUAGAGAAUUACUGUUAAUUUUCUUACCUGUGAUGAUGGUGUUAGUUUGAACAAUAUUCUCAUUUUUAAAGGAUGCAUGUUGAAGUAUUUGGAAUGAAGUGUUCUGGUAUUACAACUUUUAAAAAAUGCUUUUAAGUAUGUAUAAAGAAAUAAGGCAAACACAGCAGAAUGUUAAUUGCUGCGUCCAGAUGGAGGAUAAUGGGUAUUCAAUGUACCAUGCUUUCAACUUUUCUGUAUCGUUUGAUAUUUUUGAAAUAAAACGUUUGGGGGGAAAUUAUCAGGGCUUUCUACAGAUUAAUGCUUUGUAGCGUCAGGCUUCCAGUCGCGCCUCGCCUGAGUGCCCUGCCCAGCCAGGGGAUGCGCCCCUCCCCGAGGCACAGAGCCUCUACCCGCACGGUCCUUCUAAGCGCUUCUGCCCCAUCCCUGGUCCGGCUUGACUUUGGACAUCCAUCGAGAAGAAAGCACCUCCGAGAUUCCUAGAGAGGCCAGUCUGGCGACUUGGGGAGCCGGAAGCCCAUCCCGAGGCACUUCCUGUCCGGUCAUUGUUCUCGCGCCGGUUGGAGCAGGGGUCACGGUCCGCCAGCCUCCUGCUCCAGAGCUGGUGAACUCGGGCCUGGCCUCUCUGCUGCGCACGUAGACAAUACUCAUCUUGGCCCUGGGAAGAAACUUAAGAAGAUGCUUUUGAAACUUAAAGAUUAGAUGGGGCUUGAUCUCUGCUGGGCAACUGCCAGCUAUAGGAGUUCCUCUGCUGAGCUGGAAAGAUGACUGCAGAAUUAAGAGAAGCCAUGGCCCUAGCCCCUUGGGGCCCAGUGAAGGUGAAAAAGGAGGAGGAAGAGGAGGACAACUUCCUAGGUCAGGCAUCCAACCAAGAAAUGCACUCUGAGAACAUUACCAUCUGGGCCCCAGAGGAGGGUCUUCAGACAGGCCUUGAUGUAUCAGAAGAGGAGGAAAAGGGUCAGAACAUGUUCUGGGACAUGGCGGUAGUCCUGAAAGCAACACAGGAGGCACCUGCUGCUCCACCCCUUGGCAGCUACUCAAUACCAGGGACCCUGGCCAAGAGCGAGAUACUGGAGACUCAUGGAAACAUGAACUUUCUAGGUGCUGACACCAAGAACCUACAGUUACUUGUUCCAAAAACUGAGAUAUGUGAUGAAGCUGAAAAACCACUUAUAAUAUCAGGAAGAAUCCAGAAAACUGACCCUCAAGGACCUGAAUUAGGACAAGCCUGUGAAAAAGGAAACAUGUUACAGGGGCAGAGAAUAAAGAAGGAAAAGAAAGAUUUCAGACAAGUGACAGUGAAUGACUGUCACUUACCUGAAGGCUUCAAAAAAGAGGAAGACCAGAAAUGUAAGCAAUCUGGGGGAAAGUAUAGCCUUAAUUCUGGCACUGUUAAAAAUCAGAAAAUACAGUCUGGGCAAAAACCUUUUACAUGUAGUGUGUGUGGGAAAGGCUUUAGUCAGAGUGCAAACCUUGUUGUGCAUCAGCGAAUCCACACUGGGGAGAAACCGUUUGAAUGUCAUGAGUGUGGGAAGGCCUUCAUUCAGAGUGCAAACCUCGUUGUACAUCAGAGAAUCCACACUGGACUGAAACCUUAUGUUUGCUCAAAAUGUGGGAAAGCCUUCACUCAGAGUUCAAAUCUGACUGUACAUCAAAAAAUCCACUCCUUAGAAAAAACCUUCAAGUGCAGUGAAUGUGAGAAAGCCUUUAGUUAUAGCUCACAGCUUGCUCGGCACCAGAAAGUCCACAUUACAGAAAAAUGCUAUGAAUGUAAUGAGUGUGGGAAGACAUUUACUCGGAGCUCUAACCUCAUUGUCCACCAGAGGAUCCACACUGGGGAGAAGCCUUUUGCCUGUAACGAUUGUGGCAAAGCCUUUACCCAGAGUGCAAAUCUUAUUGUACAUCAGCGAAGCCAUACUGGUGAGAAGCCAUACGAGUGUAAAGAGUGUGGGAAAGCCUUUAGUUGUUUUUCACACCUUAUAGUGCACCAGCGAAUUCACACUGCGGAGAAACCUUACGACUGCAGUGAAUGUGGGAAAGCCUUCAGUCAGCUCUCUUGCCUUAUUGUCCACCAGAGAAUUCACAGUGGAGAUCUUCCUUAUGUGUGUAAUGAGUGUGGGAAGGCCUUCACGUGUAGCUCAUACCUACUUAUUCAUCAGAGAAUCCAUAAUGGGGAAAAACCUUACACGUGUAAUGAGUGUGGCAAGGCCUUCAGGCAGCGGUCGAGCCUCACUGUGCACCAGAGAACCCACACGGGAGAGAAGCCCUAUGAGUGUGAGAAGUGUGGUGCAGCUUUCAUUUCUAACUCACACCUCAUGCGACACCACAGAACCCAUCUUGUUGAGUAGCAAGUAAAGGAAAAGGAAGACCUCCAGCGUUGGUCAUGACUUAUUGUCGCCCAAAUUAGACACCUCUUUGCGUUUUCUUCCUUUGUAAAAACAAGGCCUAUGUCCUUAAAAGUUACAGUUUUCAGAAAUGCAGCACAAAACACAAGACAAGUAUUUCAAAGGCUAAUUUAAAGAAAAUGAAAACUAAGCACCUAAAGACAAGGACUUUGUUUUACCUGUACCCUCAGCAGCAUGUUUUCUGAAAUGGAAUGUGGCUUUCUUAGGAAAGAGUCAUACAAAACUAAGUGAUAAAGAUCCUAUUUGAGGAAAGGUCUAUUUUGCUGAAUUUUGUUUUUUAAAACUCUGGUACUUGCUUGAGCAAUAGGCAGGUUAUCUGCCGGUUGAAUUCUGGAGCUUUGAACCCUGUCUUUUAGUAUUUUGGUGACUAGUUAAGGAAACCACUUGGGGUAGCAAUUCAAUGACAGCUGGCCUAUGAACAUUAAUAAGCUUUCCCUUCUCUAGGUAAUUUUUAAAAAGCCAAUCAAAACAAACAAACAAAAAACAAAACUAUUAAGUGUCUACUGCUCCUAAAAUGGACAGAAAUAGGAAAUGGCCUUUUUCCUUAUUGUCUAUACCUCCUGAACCUUGGUAUUGUAAAGCUCUGGAGACCUCUGACGAGUCUGUUCUGACCACUCCCCGGCCUGCAUGGCCAAGCACUGAAGGAUUGAUGGAGACACCACACACCAGCUAUAUUCAUUUGCUGAGAUUGACAACUCUCCAAACUCAACCCCCUAAUUCCCAUCACAUUCCAUUUGGGUGAGAUGCAACUAACAGUCCCCUUCCUGGAUAGAGGAGUCAAAGAAUAAAGCUUGCCUAGAGGCAUGCCCAA